AUGGCCGCAGCUCCCGAGGAAGAAGCUCAGGACAUCUUCUACGUGUGCGAGAAGGCACUGAAGACCGUCAAAGAGAAGCUCGAGAAGGGCGAAGACAUCACGGAGGACCUGGUGAAUGAACUCACAUUGCCAGACAAGGUGGCUGAUGAGGAGAUGAUGGUCCCCGUGGAUAUGCGCGGUGUGGGCGAGGACUACGACGACGUGGAGCAGAUGCUAGAGAAGCUCGGCAACAAAGGCACCGCGGAGGCUUUCAUCAAGGCUGCGGACUACUUUGAGAAGAACAAAGACAAAGUGCCUGAAGCUGAUCGUCCUGCCCCGAUGACGGCGAAGCAGUGGAAGGAGGUGCUCGACCAGGAUCAACUCCUCGAGGAUGGGGAGGAGGAGCUCCUUGACAUGGAGGGCGAAGAGGAGGACAUGGCCGACCUCGAUGAAGACCCUGAGGAGGAAGGCGAGGCCGCCGAGCCGCCAAGCAAGAAGGCAAAGACAGACUGA